AUGAGAUCUUCUUCUGUGAUUUCGUCCACUUCCUCCAGUUCGUCUGUGUCUUUGAUUGAUUUCUGUUUGGAUGACUUGCCCGUGCUGGCUUUGGCCGACUCGAGCUCGCUGAGCACGGACUCCUCCUCAAACUCGACCGUAGUAGUGCCCGUCUUCUCGUCCGAAGCCUUGCCCGCGUCAAUAAGCAGCAUCUUGUUCUUCACCAGGCUCUUGAGCAACCGGAUGUUGAAACACACAGCCAGCCCCAGAAACAGCGUGGCCCCGGUCAAGACGGCCAUCAGUGCCAUUUCAAACACCAACAGCCCGAAAAUAAGAUUCAUCUGUAACGACAUUGUGAUAUGUGCUCAAUAUAGUUGCCCGACAAGAUCAGUCCAGCGCAAACUAAAUGUAUUCUUUUGCAAAUUUCAAGCCUACUCCAGAGCAAAGUUAGCUAUCUGGAAUCGUGGGACAAAACACCCGUACACGGGGUCAGGUUUCCGGUUGGGGGCAUGGCGGAUUCACAGCGGGAUAAGGGUUGACCACGUUGUGGAACUUGCGUGUGUCACCACACAAGCUUGCAGGACCAAGCCUUGGCAGCUAAUUGAUAAAGUGUCGAUACCCGUUUCGUAA